UUUCCACCUCCCACUCCACCUCCCUGCUCUGUCUAUAGUCCUGGAGCACAAGGGGGCUUGUCACUGUGUGAAUGCUGCACUCCGCCUGGUCAACACCACCUCACUCCGUGUCCUCACUUUCCCAUGUUUGCAUGACAGCAGGCGAGGCUUGGGGCUGAUCUAGUGAAUGACCUUGCACAAGGCUCAUUAGAAGGGAAGCCCUACACUGUUUUCCUCUAGCUCUCCACCCACAGGAGAGACUGCAGAAUGCCUGCGGAACUGGGUGCUCCCCUCUGCUUCUCCUGCCUGCUACUGCUUUCUUCAAUUAGGAUCCAAGCCUUCAAUCUGGAUGUCACCAACACACUGACCAAGGAUGGGGAAAAGGGCAGCUUAUUUGGCUUCUCAGUGGCCCUUCACAAGCAACUGAAUCCUGACCCUAUGAGCUGGCUUUUGGUUGGAGCUCCUCAGGCCUCAGCAUUACCAAAUCAAAAUGCCAAUCGUACAGGGGGUCUAUAUGGAUGUCCACUUACUACAGAGCCAAAGGACUGUAUACGACUUGAUAUUGACCAUGGAGUCGAUGCAUCUCGUGAGAGCAAGGAAAACCAAUGGCUUGGGGUCACUGUAAAGAGUCAAGGCCCUGGGGGAAAAAUUGUGACAUGUGCACACUUGUAUGAAACUCGCCAGAGAGUAAACCAGCUUUCUGAGACUCGGGAUGUGAUUGGCCGAUGCUUUGUUCUGAGUGAAGGUUUAACCAUAAGCGAAGACCUAGAUGGAGGGGAAUGGAAGUUCUGUGAGGGUAGAGCGUUGGGACACGAGAUGUUUGGAUUCUGCCAGCAAGGAAUAUCUGCUGGAUUCACCACUGACAAUCAUUAUAUCAUGUUUGGGGCCCCAGGAACAUACAACUGGAAAGGGGAGCUCCGGGUGGAGCUAUUUAAUCAGAGUGCCCUGGCCCUGGGUACUUAUGAUGACGGCCCAUAUGAAGUUGCUGGAGAGAAAAGCCAGAAACCAGAAAUGAUACCAGUGCCACACCACAGUUAUUUUGGUUUCUCAGUCGACUCAGGGUGGGGGGUAACAGGGCGGAACAGUCUGAGCUUUGUAAGCGGGGCACCUCGGGCAAAUCAUACAGGUGCUGUGGUUAUUCUUCAGCGGGACAAUGGAAGCCAGCUCAUCCCAGAAUUGAUUUUAUGGGGAGAGACAUUGGCAUCAUCAUUUGGCUACUCUGUUGCCAUUGAGGAUCUCAACAACGAUGGGUGGAUGGAUUUACUUGUGGGUGCCCCUAAUUUCUUCUCACGGAAAGAGGAGAUUGGUGGUGCUGUUUACGUGUAUAUGAAUCAGGCUGGAAAACUGGAUAAAUCACCCCCAAUCAGACUCAAUGGGUCUGAUGGAUCUAUGUUCGGAAUAGCAAUCGGCAGUUUGGGAGACAUUAACCAGGAUGGUUUCAAAGAUGUUGCCAUUGGAGCUCCAUAUGAUGGAAAUGGUAAAGUUUAUAUUUAUCAUGGCAGCUCCAAAGGAUUAGUUACCAAGCCAGCACAGAUUCUGGAUGGUAUAAGUGUUGGAAUAAAGACUUUUGGAUACUCACUGUCUGGGGGGUUAGACGUUGAUGGAAACUCCUAUCCUGAUCUGUUGGUGGGCUCUCUUUCUGACACAGUAGUGCUAUUUAGGUCACGCAAUGUCAUUCAUGUCCUGAAGGAGGUCAUUAUAACUCCACAAAAUAUUGACUUAGAGAAUGAAAACUGCAAGCAUGGCACUGGAAUCUGCGUGGAACUAAGAGCAUGUUUCAGUUACAUUGCUGUCCCUGCAAAUUACAAUCCUCGAAUGACUCUUAAAUGUGUCCUUGAGGCUGAAGCAGACAGAAGACUUCAAGGAAAGUCAAGCCGAGUGAUUUUCCUAAAGCGCCAUUCCAGUGACUUAGAAUACCAACAUACUAGCACCGUUGAGUUGCACAAGCAAUCUGCUCGCCACUGUACUACUGCCACAUUCCAGCUUCAGGAAGGUAUCAAAGACAAGCUUCGGUCCAUUCCAGUGACCCUGACGUACAACAUACACAAUGCACAUCUCAGGGGCCAGCCAUCUGCAGACCUGUUACCCCCACUCAUGCCUGUUCUGAGUGACGUGGAAAGAAAUGUCUAUACCACAGAGGUGAAUUUCCUCAAAGAAGGCUGUGGAGAAGACAAGAUCUGCCAGAGUAACCUGCAACUCAGCUACACCUUCUGUUCCCGUGUAGGAAACACCAACCAGUUUGUGCCACUGCCAGUGGAAAACGAGGUUCCGGUGUUUUCUCUGACGGACCAGAAUGACUUUGCCCUUAAGAUUACUGUCACUAACUUUCCAUCAGACCCCAGGAAUCCAAUGGCUGAUGGAGACGAUGCUCAUGAAGCUCUGCUGACUGCAGUCUUUCCAGAUACUCUGUCCUACUCUGGUGUGCGCCAAGCCACUGACAGCCCAGGCACAUCUCUGGACAAGGAAAUAGUCUGCAUUUCCAAUGUCAAUGCUUCUGAGGCGACAUGUGAACUUGGAAAUCCCAUGAAGCGGGAUGCUGAGAUCACUUUUUACCUGAUUGUCAGCGCCCCAAGAAUUACUAUAGAGACUACAGAUCUGGAGGUGAAACUUGAACUGGCCACGAUAAGUGAGCAGACCAACUUGCCAGCAGUACAGGCCAGAGCCAUGGUGAUCAUUGAACUUCCAUUGUCUGUGUCUGGGGUGGCAACUCCAAACAGAUUGUUUUACAGUGGGGAGGUGAGAGGUGAAUCCGCCAUGCGCACAGAGGAAGAUGUGGGCAGCCCAAUAGAUAUUGAAGUGACGGUCUCUAACAGAGGGAAAUCUUUACGUACACUGGGUUCUGCCUUUCUGAACCUCAUGUGGCCACAUGAAAUGAUGAAUGGGAAGUGGCUUCUGUACCCAAUGGCAAUCCAGCUUAAGGAAAAGGAGCACUCUAAUCGCAGCAUGGACUGCACCCAACUCAAAGCCAUCAAUCCCCUAAAACUGAACACAGUCACGGGAGCUGCAAGUGCAGUGCAGAGGGAUCAAACACCAAGUUCUGCUAGUCGGUGGUCUCUAACGUACCCAGAAAAGAAAAAGGACAUCAUUCUGGAUUGCUCGCGAGGUACUGCCCAAUGUGUAGUCUUCCAAUGCCCACUGUAUAGCUUUGACCAGCAGGUGGUGCUAAAAGUUCAUGGACGGCUCUGGAACAGCAGUUUAUUGGAGGAAUAUCCAUCUGUUAGCUCCUUGGAAGUGGCUGUCAGAGCAAACAUUACUAUAAAGUCCUCUAUCAAGAACCUGGUUCUGAGAGAUGCCACCACACAGAUUAAUGUGAUGUUGUAUUCAGAAUAUAGCGUGGCUGCUCUUGCUGGCAUUCCCUGGUGGAUUAUCCUUAUUGCAGUGCUAGCUGGAAUACUGCUGCUCGCUCUUCUUGUUUUCAUCUUAUGGAAGUGUGGCUUUUUCAAGAGGAAACGCCUUCAAGAAGAGAAGCUGCCGCAGCACCAUGCCGUGAAGAUCCCAAGAGAAGAGAGACCAAUGAUGAGGGAGGAGAAGACAGGGACCAUUAAAAAAAAGGACUGGGUGACAAACUGGAGUGAAGAUGGCACGGUGCAGAACUCCUCCUAACCUUCUCUGCACUCCCCUCCCACAAACUCUGAUUCUUUCAAGAAACUGUGUGGCAAGAAGGCUGAAUCCCUCUGAUUUUGGGGGUGUUUCCUAUAUUUUAUUUUAAUGCUGUUUUGUACAUAAGAAGUUGCAACCGGAAACAUUUCAUCCUCAGCCCGCGCUCUGACGCUUAACCCCUUCUGCUUCAGGGGGCCACUGCAGUGGCAUCAGCACAUUAAAGGGGUUGGAGUGAAUUAGCUUCUGAGCAAAAGACAAUAUUUCAAACCCAUAUCCUCUUUUGUUGAACUUCAUUUAAACUUAAAGCACUGCAGCUUAUUCAAUAUGGCGCCCCCAUGGUUAUUUUCACUCUUUUCUGUCUCCGGUAUGGCUCCAAUAUGGCUCUAAUAUGGCUCCAGUAGAAAUACUGAGGGCAGUCUAAGGUGACUAACAAAUAAUGGAGGUGAUGCAUUUCAACUUUAACAUCCAGCAAGGAAUUUCAAAUAUAUAUAUUUGUAUUUCAGAGCCUUUGACUAAUUAUCUUCGGACUCCUACAUCAGGAAGUUCUCUAAAGCUUGGCAGCCAUGGUGCUGAAUUAAGAAUUCAAGGAGUCAUCUUUGUUCCUGCUACAGUGACCUGGGGCUUUGUAACUAAGCUUGAUCCCCUAUAGUUGGCCAGUUGAGUAGGAAGAAAUUGCAUAAUAGAGAGCCAGGAUCCCAUUCUGAAUGAGGCAAUAUACAUAAAUUGCUGGAAGAUGCACCACCUUACUUUUCAGUCUGCUCACAAACUGCAUGUGGGACUUCUCUUUGCGCUUUCUGUCAGUUGCUGUAUAAGGACAAUGGGAAGUUCAUUCCCAGUUAUGGACAGAACUGCUCUGCUCACUGUAAUUACCCCAUGCUUCUCUCUUUCACUCUAUAAAAACACUUGCCUUGACGAAUAUCCACUUUCGAGACCCUACAAAAAAACAACACAAUGCAAUGCCCCACAAUGAGCAAACUGUGGCCUUGUUUCCAAAGAAAGUGCAUUUAUUUAUAAUGAUUUUUUUUUUCGUUUCUUCUGCAAUAAAGGCACCGGGCCUCUAUUUUAAUUA